AUGGUCCUGUCCGCGUCCACGGCUUCCUGCGGGCCAGCCCGCCGCGAGGACUGGGCCGCGCGUUUUCGCUGGCUGGUUUCUGAAGUCCGUCCGCUUGCAGGUUCCGUGAAGGCGGAGGACCUGGAGGCGCCUGGAGGACGCGACUGCGGAGCGCACGAGGACGGCGGCCCUGGGGACCAAGGCGCCGUGGAGGGCGAGGACCUGGAGGCCCCCGAGUCUGGAGGGCGGCACUGCGGAGCGGACGGCGACUCUGGAGGCGAAGGCCCCGUCCCGGCGGAGACCCCGCAGCUGGUCAUCAGCGGCACCUUCUCGCUGGCUGGCCCGGCCGGCGGUGCGGGGCAGGUGGAGCAGGCCUCGCGGCGGCAGCGAGGCGGGAAGGCGCGGCUCGCGUCCAAGUGCGGGGAGUGCGGCAAGAGUUUCCGGGCCGAGGCGGACCUGCGGAAGCACCUGGCGGGGCACUCCAAGGCGGGGCGGCACGCGUGCGGAGUGUGCGGCAAGCAGUGGACUUGGGCUGCGAAUCUGGAGAGGCACGCAAGGAUCCACACCGGGGAGAGGCCGUACCAGUGUGACGAGUGUGGGAGGAAGUUUAACCGAGAAGGCAAUCUGACUGUGCACAAGAGGAUUCAUACCGGGGAGAAGCCAUACGAGUGUGAAGAGUGUGGGAAAAAGUUUUCCCGGGACAGGGAUCUCACUGCGCACAAGAGGGUCCACACUGGGGAGAAACCUUACAAGUGUGCAGUCUGUGGAAAGAAGUUCGCUCAGAGGCAGACUCUUCAUUAUCACAAAAAAACACAGAAUCACUAGUGGAAGGAAAGUCGCAAGAUUUCUGGAGUUGCAGGGAGGUAGACGCGUGGCAAGAAACAUGCAUCACCGACGACCCUUGAAACUGUCUGCGUUGGGGAUUCACGCUGGCACCAUGCUUUUUUUCUGGAAAUUAAUUUUAUUGUUCGUAACAAAGAUUCCGUUUCACACCCGACACAAUCGCCUGGAAUGGAUUCCUGUACCGGCCAUAAAGCUGCCUUCGAACAAAAAUAUGGACAUUGGUUAUUGUUUGUUCUAAUGUCUUACGGGCGCAAGCAUUCACUUUUGUGUUAAUUGUAAAUAAGUGAUUAAAAUGUUGAAUCUUAUUGGAUAAAUGUGCUUGCUCUGUCUUUGUUGCGUCUUUUCGAUCCCCACUCCUUCAAAUCACAAUUUUUAUUUCCUUAAUGCUGAGCAGGACCUCAAUUUUUGCUUAUUCUCCGACUCACGCCUUUUCCUG